AUGGCCGCGGAGUCGGUGAAGGUGGUGGUGCGCUGCCGCCCCAUGAACCAGCGGGAGCGGGACCUGAACUGCCGGCCCGUGGUGACGGUGGAGUCGGCGCGCGGCCAGUGCUUCAUCCAGAACCCCAGCGCCACCGACGAGCCCCCCAAGCAGUUCACCUUCGACGGCGCCUUCUUCAUGGACCACUUCACCGAGCAGAUCUACAACGAGAUCGCCUACCCGCUGGUGGAGGGUGUCACAGAGGGCUACAACGGCACCAUCUUUGCCUACGGCCAGACGGGCAGCGGCAAGUCCUUCACCAUGCAGGGCCUGCCCAACCCGCCCACCCAGAGGGGCAUCAUCCCCAGGGCCUUCGAGCACGUGUUUGAGAGUGUGCAGUGUGCGGAGAACACCAAGUUCCUGGUCCGGGCCUCCUACCUGGAGAUCUACAACGAAGAUGUCCGAGACCUCCUAGGGGCUGACACCAAGCAGAAGCUGGAGCUGAAGGAGCACCCGGAGAAGGGCGUGUACGUGAGGGGGCUGUCCAUGCACACGGUGCACAGCGUGGCCCAGUGCGAGCGCAUCAUGGAGAGGGGCUGGAAGAACCGCUCGGUCGGCUACACCCUGAUGAACAAGGACUCCUCGCGCUCCCACUCCAUCUUCACCAUCAGCAUCGAGAUCUACGCCGUGGACGAGCGGGGCAAGGACCACCUGCGGGCAGGCAAGCUGAACCUGGUGGACCUGGCGGGCAGCGAGCGGCAGUCCAAGACGGGCGCCACCGGGGAGCGGCUCAAGGAGGCCACCAAGAUCAACCUGUCGCUGUCGGCGCUGGGCAACGUCAUCUCGGCCCUGGUAGACGGGCGCUGCAAGCACAUCCCCUACCGCGACUCGAAGCUGACGCGGCUGCUGCAGGACUCGCUGGGCGGCAACACCAAGACGCUGAUGGUGGCCUGCCUGUCGCCCGCCGACAACAACUACGACGAGACCCUCAGCACGCUGCGCUACGCCAACCGCGCCAAGAACAUCAAGAACAAGCCGCACAUCAACGAGGACCCCAAGGACGCCCUGCUGCGCGAGUACCAGGAUGAGAUCAAGAGGCUCAAGGCCAUCCUGGCCCAGCAGCUGGGCCCCGGCAACCUGUCAGCCCUGCUGGCUAAUCAGGCGCCCCCAAACCCUGUCCAGACCGAGGAGAAGCCGUUGUCCCCGCCGGUGGUCCAGCCUAACACGGAGGCCGAGAAGCAGCUGAUCCGGGAGGAGUACGAGGAGCGCCUGGCCCGGCUGCGGGCCGACUACAAGGUGGAGCAGGAGUCCAGGGCGCGGCUGGAGGAGGACAUCACUGCCAUGCGCAACUCGUACGACGUGAAGCUGUCCACGCUGGAGGAGAGCCUGCGCAAGGAGACAGAGGCCGUCCUGAAGGCAGAGGUCCUCUUCAACGCUGAGGUCAUGUCCAAGGCCGAGUUCGCCAACGUGUCCGAGUACACACCCGCCUUCCAGUACGAGAGGCCGGUGAAGCCCGAGACGCACUCCAUAAGCGACGCUCCGCCCAGCGAGGGGGUGCCCAGGGCCGGGCUUCCUUCCCAGCGCGAGGACCCGCCCGGGGCCGAGACCGCCCAGUCCGAGAGCUCCCUGGGGUCCGAUGAGGGGUCCGCCCCGGAGGAGCCCCCCGCGCCCGAGGCCCUCCCUGGGCUCCAGGAGCCCGCGAGCCUGGAGCUGCCCGCGGUGCCCACGGCGGAGGCCAAGGGCAAGCGCUUCCAGGAUGAGCUCGGCCAGGAGGCCCUGCUGGCAGGGGAGCCCUUCCUGCAGGAGGAGGAGCCCCCGCUGGUGCCCCUGGAGCUGUUCCCGGGCCUGCACGACCCGUUCGCCGAGGUGGAGGCCAAGCUGGCCAGGCUCUCGUCCACGGCGGCCCUGGCCGACGCGCCCCCGGAGGAGGCACCCAAGGUCCCCGUGCAGCACCCCUCCCUGACAGAUGUCCCUGAGCCCAGUGACUUGGGGGCUGAAGCUGAGGCAGAGGGCGGCCUCCUGCCCGAGACAGAGGCUGACCCGGGCCCCGAAGGCGACAAAGACAAGGCGUGGGCAGCGGAGCCCGGCGGGGGGCCCGAGGCCGAGGCGCUGCCCCUGCUGCCCACGGCAGGCCCGAGGAGGGACAGUGUGGGCGUGGAGGUGGCCUUGCUGACCGACGACCUGAUGCCCAUGGUGGACCAGCAGCAGGUGAUCGCCCGGCUGCAGCUGCUGGAGCAGCAGGUGGUCGGCGGGGAGCAGGCCAAGAACAAGGACCUGAAGGAGAAGCACAAGCGGCGGAAGCGCUACGCGGACGAGCGCCGGAAGCAGCUGGUGGCCGCGCUGCAGAAAUCGGACGAGGACAGCGGGGAGUGGGUGCUGCUCAACGUGUAUGACUCCAUCCAGGAGGAGGUGCGGGCCAAGAGCAAGCUGCUGGAGAAGAUGCAGAGGAAGCUUCGGGCGGCAGAGGUGGAGAUCAAGGACCUGCAGUCGGAGUUUGAGCUCGAGAAGAUCGACUACUUGGCCACCAUCCGCCGGCAGGAACGGGACUUCCUGUUCUUCCAGCAGCUGCUGGAGCUGGUGCAGCCGCUCAUCCGCCGGGACUGCAACUACAGCAACCUGGAGCGGGUCAGGCGCGAGUCCUGCUGGGACGAGGACAGCGGCCUCUGGAAGAUCCCGGAGCCCGCGGUCAUAAAAACCAGCCUCCCAGUAGCAGUUUCAACAGGGCUGCAGAGCAAACCGGCCCGCAAAACCUCCGCAGUGGAGAGCGGCGAGCUAGGCCUGGAAGAAGACCGCUACAAGCUGAUGCUCAGUCGGAGUGACAGUGAAAAUAUCGCCAGUAACUACUUCCGGCCGAAGCGGGCCAGCCAGAUCCUCAGCACAGACCCCAUGAAGAGGCUCACACAUCACAGCUCGCCGCCCGGCCUCAUCUCCCCCCUCGGCAACAACUCUGCCAUCCCGCCCGCCCAGGCCCCCGAGAUGCCCCAGCCGCGGCCCUUCCGCCUCGAGUCCCUGGACAUCCCCUUCGCCAAGGCCAGGCGCAGGAAGAGCAGAAGCAGCUUUGGCGGCGAGCCUCUGUGA